AUGAACCACGCUCUCUCGUCGUCGCCAAGUUCUGGAGAAAACGACUUUAGCCGCCCUAACUAUGCUGAGAGAUAUGAUUCCAACCUCGCGGCGCACUUUUCGACUCCUGGAUUCGUACCAAUAUCAUAUCCUUAUGAAGUUGAUGUCAGAACCGAACGCCAAACAUUUGUGAACGAUGUACCUCUGCGACAUGACUCUUCGGUCUCAACCUUCAAUGCGAUGGGCCCGCCACAGCUUCACGCUACACUUCCCACUUUCCGGUCAGAUGAAUGGUUUCAAGAAGAAUAUUUUGACUCUUCCCGUCAAUUCUCCCAGACAAAUACAUUCCUGGGUGGUCCAGGCGUUGGACAAUCUCAGGCAUCCUCCCUACAAGCCAGUAUUCCUGUCAAUGACUAUGACCGGCCGCUUCUGGAUCAUUUCGUGGACAAUGUCUUGCGUAUGAUUUUUCCAAUCCUGGAGGUUCAUCAGCGUGGCUCUGCACGAGCUCGGUCUGUUCUUCAGUCUCUGGAGACAAACAAGUCCUACUUCCAUUGCUGUCUUAGUGUUGCUGCAAUUCACCUCAAAACAACAAGUCGACUAAAUGGUGAACAGAUCGAUCACGACAUUAUGCGUCAUCGCUUUGAAGCCAUUUCCGAGUUAUGCAAAUCUCUGAAUAGGGAUGCUGACCAUGACCACAUUCUGGAUGCGACUCUUGCGAUGAUCUUCUUUCAUUGCUCGGUUGGUGCGCCCGAUGAUUACCUCCCUGAUAUCCCCUGGAACGACCAUUUCCAAGCUGCGUCAAACCUGGUCAGCAAACUGGAUCUGACCAACAAAAUGAUUCCAUGUGGUCCGAUGCACACAGUACCCCCAUUUAGCAUGUCUUUAACCACCUGGAUCGACAUUCUGGGUGCCACAAUGCUUGGGAAAACACCCCAGUUUGCUCACUCUUAUCGCGCUAAGCACCUUAGUGGAACACCUUCUGGUCUCCGAGAACUCAUGGGAUGUGAUGACCGUAUUAUGUACCUCAUCUCUGAGGUUGCCUGUCUAGAAGCCCUCCAAAUUGAGGGCCGCCUUGACUCUGCCGCUGUUUGCACACACAUAUCUGCUUUGGGCAGUCAAUUGGAAUACACAGAAGGUGCCGAUACAACGCUAAUGAGCCCGUACUCAGCGGAAACCGGGGCGAUUCGCCCCGAUGCGUUGACAAAAACUAUGACUGCCAUUUUCCGCCUUGCCGCCCGCAUUUAUCUCUGCGGCCUCAUUCCUGGAAGUCAUCGCAACCAGUCCAGCAUUAUUAAUCUUGUCAAUGCAUUAACAGAUGCCAUGGCUUACAUUCCAGCGGGGCCUUUUGGCUUUGAUCGCUCUCUUGUUUGGCCACUUCUCAUCGCUGGUGCUUUCUCUACUCCCUCCAGCUCAUUCCGUCAAGUCUUGCAUAAUCGAGUGACUGCCUUGGGAGAUCUUGGCGAAUUGGGAAGCAUUGGUCGCAUGUACCAAUUGUUGAAUGAUUACUGGCGGUUAUCCGAUGAUCCUGUCAGUCCGUCCUUCCCUUCAGGACAGCACGCGCCCGAGGCAGGAUAUCAAUUCGCGGAGACAAGGCAGAAUGCUAUCCCUUCUGCUCCUCUUUUGUCACCUGGCAUGCGAGAAAUCAAGAGGCAGCAGGUUCACUGGCGAGAUGUCAUGAACCGAAACGGCUGGCGCCAUCUUCUGAUUUGA